GCCAAUCAACCGCCACCUCCCUCGCUCCUGUUGCCCAUUGCAUCACACCCUCUUCACCUCUUCUUCCCGCUCCUCCCCGUCCAUUUAUUGUCCUUCAUCCUCCUCUCUCCGCCAUAUCUUCAUUCAUCCCCACCCGCAAGGUCGACCAGCCGCUUCCUCGCACCAACUUCACACAUUCGUUGCGUCGACGGCAUUGCAUAACUAAUAACGAACGGGGUUUCCUUUUUUCGCUCUGUUCCACUCCACUGGCCGCCUCUUUCUCAGCCACCACCGAAGAAGGAAAAAAAAGCACCACCCGCCGGUGCUGGGUACGCAGGUCGACGCAUCACAUCACCGCACGCGAUGGCGGUCGCCGGCGAUCUCGAGGAGGCGAGGACCACGUCCCAGCCGCUGCCUCAGUCGGAGGAGCAUGCGGCGCGCUUGGAGAAGGCGGUGCCUGAAGGCCGGCAGCUUCACGCCUCGGUGUACAUCCUGAGCUGGAUCUUCUUCUCAAACGUCACUAUUCUCUUCAACAAGUGGCUUAUUGACACAGCUGGAUUCCGAUAUCCCAUCAUCCUCACCACAUGGCAUCUGGUCUUCGCCACCAUCGCAACUCAACUUCUCGCUCGCACCACCUCGCUCCUUGAUUCUCGCCAUGCCAUUACUCUCUCUCGCGGCUUCUACCUCCGCACCAUCCUCCCUAUUGGCGUCCUUUACUCCGGCUCCCUCGUCUGUUCCAAUGUCGUCUACCUCUACCUCUCCGUCGCCUUCAUCCAGAUGCUCAAGUCAACUGGCCCCGUCGCUGUCCUCAUCGCCUCAUGGGCCUGGGGAGUUGCUACCCCAAACUUGAGCACCCUUGGAAACGUCCUUCUCAUCAUGUGUGGUGUGGCCAUCGCCAGUGCUGGCGAAAUCGAGUUCUCCUGGAUUGGCUUCGUCUUCCAGCUCGGUGGCACCAUUUUCGAGGCAGUCCGACUUGUCAUGAUUCAAGUCAUGCUCGGUGGAGAAGGCAUCCGCAUGGAUCCUCUCGUCGGCCUGUACUACUUCGCGCCCGUCUGCGCCGUCAUGAACAUUUUUGUUGUCGCCGUGACGGAGGCGCCUACUUUCCAAUGGGAUGAUCUUGCCAAGACCGGCUACGGAAUGCUACUCCUCAACGCGUCUGUUGCUUUUCUCCUCAACGUUGUCAGCGUGUUCCUUAUUGGCAAGACUUCCGGUCUCGUCAUGGCCCUUAGUGGCAUUCUCAAGAGCAUCCUCCUCGUUGGCACCUCCGUCCUUAUCUGGAACACGCAUAUCUCCCUGCUCCAGAUCCUUGGCUACGCUCUCGCCCUCGUCGGCCUUGUCUUGUACUCUGUCGGCUACGAGCAGAUCCUCGCAGGCGUGCAUAACGCCAAGGCUUGGUUGACCAGUGUUUGGAAUUCUGAGAACCCAGACAACGGCGGCAAGGUUUCGAUAAAGGUCCGCAGAGCCUUUAUCAUCGGCAUAAUUGGCUUCAUCAUGACAGUCAUCGCCGUUUCUCUGUGGCAUAUUUCAGGCGACGGCCUGGUACAAAUGACGAACUCGAUGUUCGGGUCGAAAUGAAUAAUUAAUGCUCGGUUAGCGUUUGGUUUAUAGAACAAUAGAUAAUGAAUAGUUCAUCGCCGUCAGGCACAUACA